UUCGGUUGCAGCCUGUAAAAAAAAUCAUUUUUUUUAAUUUUAAUUUUUACCCCAACACCCAGAAUUGAUCUCGAUGUUUGUUAUAGUUUUUGUAGUGACUUGGAAGGUUAAAUUGUGUUAUAAUGUGUCUGGGCUGUAAUCAUAGAUUACGUCAACCCCUUGUUGUCAAGAUCAAUUCUCGGAUUGAAAAGGAUUUUGCCCAAGCAAAUUUAGUGAAUAUAGGUUGGUGAUUGAUUAUGCCGUGGCAGGUUGUUAUGACAUUGUUUUCUUGUCUCUGAAAAAUUGGUCUAGAGAUCCUUUAGUUAAUGUUUAUGGUUUAUUGUUUUCUCCUGGCCUUUUCAUAAAAGUGUCUAGCUGGAAAUUUUCUAUUAAUGCUCUGUUAGUUCGAAUUACGUGUUCAAUUUGGUUUCCAAUUAUCCUAAAUAUACCUAUUCUAAGUUAAGUAACCAUCUUGUAAUUUCCCUGGAACGAUUUUGAAAAUUAUAUCCGACAUAAUUAUUUUGCUUAUAGGUUGUUAAUUUUAGGGUGUUUCACAAAUAUUCAUGGGUUCUUGCCUUUUGAAAAUAUGAAGUGUUCAUACCUUUAAUGUCAAAUUGCAUCUAUUGUCUGUUUGCUUCUGUAGAUUAUUUUUCCUUUCUCUAUGUUCGGUCCAAUUGCUACCAUCUAGCAACCCAAAGGCAAAAUCUCUUCAAGAGGAAGCUCAAAUGGAAUAUUUAUUUGGCUCUUCAAGCUAUUGUUUUUGGGUAACUGUGCUUUUACUUAUAGUAUUAAGCACUGCUCUGGAAGGCAAUGGAGAGGAUGAUCAUCAAGCAUGUAAACAGAAAGCGGUGGUUCCUAGGCCUCACAGUGUGUCAAUAUUAGAGUUUGGGGCAGUUGGAGAUGGAAAAACAUUGAACACAGUUGCAUUCCAAAAUGCAGUUUUUUAUGCCAAGUCAUUUGCUGACAAAGGUGGUGCUAAAUUAUAUGUUCCAUCUGGCAAGUGGCUUACCGGAAGUUUUAACCUUACCAGCCACCUCACUCUCUUCCUUGAAAGAGGCGCAACCAUCAUUGCAUCACAGGAUUAUGAACACUGGACUGCAGUGGAUCCCCUACCUUCCUAUGGUCGAGGAAUUGAUGUUCCUGGUAGGAGAUACAGCAGUUUGAUUUAUGGACAGAACUUAAGUGAUGUGGUGAUUACAGGUGAUAAUGGAAUUAUUGAUGGUCAGGGUUCUGUUUGGUGGGACCUAUUUAAGACUCAUUCCUUAAAUAACAGCAGACCACACAUUAUAGAACUUGUUGGUUCUGAUAACAUCAUUAUCUCAAAUUUGACAUUUUUAAACUCUCCUGCUUGGAGCAUCCAUCCGGUAUAUUGCAGCAACGUUCAAAUCCACAACAUAACAGCUCAUGCACCAACCGAUUCCCCUUACACAAGUGGCAUAGUUCCAGAUUCUUCUCAGUACGUUUGCAUUGAGAACAGCAAUAUUAACACUGGUCAUGAUGCGAUUGCGCUGAAGAGUGGCUGGGAUCAAUAUGGCAUUGCCUAUGGCAAACCAACCUCAAACGUCCACAUCAGGCGUGUUUAUCUACAAUCAUCUACUGGCGCUGGCCUAGCAUUUGGAAGUGAGAUGUCUGGAGGCAUAUCUGAUAUAGUUGCAGAGAAGCUCCACAUUAUGAACUCGACCAUUGGCAUUGAACUGAAGACAACUAGGGGUAGAGGUGGCUAUAUGAAAAACAUCUUUAUUUCGGAUGCAAAAUUGGAAAAUAUUUUCUUGGGUAUCAGCAUGACAGGAUACUAUGGUUCCCAUCCAGAUGACAAGUAUGAUCCUAAUGCAGUUCCAGGUGUUGGUAAUAUUACUUUUGAGAAUGUGAUUGGUGCAGAUAUUGCUAUUGCUGGGAAUUUUUCAGGAAUAAUUGAUUCCCCAUUCACUCCUAUCUGUCUCUCAAACGUGACUUUUUCUACCAGUUCUGAGUCAUCUCCUUCAUGGUUUUGUUCUAAUGUAAAGGGAAUCUCUGAGGAGGUGUUUCCUGAGCCAUGUCCUGAUCUGCAGCACACGUAUUCAAACUUCCCUUCUUGCAUUUCUUCCCUUCAUUCGUCAUCUAGUUAUGUCUCAAGCGCAUGAGAUCAUCAUCUCCAAGAAUCUAGUCAUUCCUUUGAUUCAACCUGUACAUGAGACACAAAAUUCAUAUUCUCCAUCAGGAACUUCAUUACAAUUUUCCAAUAAAGGAAAUUCUUGAUGUAAAGUUGUUCUUUCUCUUCAACAUUUCAAUGAACCUUCCUCUUUUCUGUGCAUGAAAAGGUCGUCUAGAGUGGUGUCAAUUCCGAAUUGGUAUAUUUUAUGUACAGCCCCAAUUUCUUCAUUCAUGUACAAGAAAUUUUUGAUGUUGGUGUACAGCCUAAGACUAUUUCUAUUUGCCAUCAAUUUACCAUGUACAAUAUGGAGUGCUACAUUGUGAGGGUGUGUGGUGUGACAAAACUACGGUUUUCUUUGCAUAGACGACUGGAUUAAUCUUGAGUAUCUUUGUUCAUUGUUUCUUGACAUUGCAUAAUCAUACGUGAGAAUGAUAUUAUUACCUUUGAA